AUGGUAGUUAGAACAUAUCAAGAUGAUACAGCCCCACAAUCACCGCGGACCACUACAGGAACUACAUCAAAUGACAGUAGCACUGAAAGAUCUCAUCAUAUAAAUCCUAUCAAAGAAACACAAGAAGAUGUUCACAAGUACUUAACCAAACCACCACCAGUUCAAAAAAUAAUAGCUAUUCGUGAUGCUAAUAAUGAUCAAGAAGAAGGUUAUAAACAAUUUGUUGAGUUAUUUGGUUUAAAAGUUAAUAAUAAUCGUGAUGAUGGUUGUAAUGCGCCUGGUACAGGUGAAACAGAAAGAAAAGAACGAUAUGAACAAAAUGAUAUUAUUUAUGGUGAGACUGGUUAUUUUCAAAGAGAUAUAUUACUGAUUAAAUUUUUCGGUAAGAAAAUAAGAGAUCGUAUAGGUGAUAGUUUGACUGUAGAUGAAGUGGAUAAUAAGGUUAUUGAUAAUGCUGAAAAAACAUUAUAUAUUUCUCAUAGUAUUACUGGUAUGAGACAUUUAAGAGAUUUAUUUAUUCAAGUAUGGGUAGCAGUAAAUAAUGAAAUAGAGCAACAUUAUAGUGAAGAAAAGGCUGAUAAAAUAUAUGAAUAUACUCAAAUGAUGACAAAUCAGCCUGAAAUGCCGAAAAAACAACGUACGUUUUUAGUAAACGUACAAUAA